CAAGGGCGCUCGUGAACGCCGGCUGUGACCCGGGCGUUAGCGGUGACCCCCUUUGAGGUAAAGAAGAGGAGGAAGAGGAGGAGGCGGCGGCGACGACAGCGACGGCUGCGGCUGCAGCGGUUGGUCGCUGCCGUGAGUGUCCGGCUUGGCGGUUCGACGCGCUGGCCGCCCGGGCCAGUCGGAGGGGAGACUGAGGUGGAAAUUUGAGACGGGGAGUCAUCCCUGUGGUUCCAGCCAUGGGUUCCUCCACAUCUACUCCUGCUGCUGCAAUGAACACCUCAAACGGUUCAGAUAUUCAGCCCGCUUCACCGCCUUCAGAAUGCCCCAUGCAUGAAGCCCGGAGGAGGAAAGGCUGUCCCAUGACUGCAGUAGCAUCUGAUCCAACCGGUGAGAGCAGAGCACACUCUGUGCCUGCCCACCAAGAUCGGGCCUAUGAGUACGUGGAGUGCCCUGUUACUGGUGCUGCAGCUCAAAAUAAGGAGAACCUAGAUCCUUCAAACCUGAUGCCACCACCUAAUCAGACCCCAUCCCCAGGGCAGCCAUUUACUUUGUCUACCUCAAGAGAGGAGUCAUCUAUUCCAAGAGCAGACUCCGAGAAAAAGUGGGUUUACCCUUCUGAACAGAUGUUUUGGAAUGCCAUGCUACGGAAAGGGUGGAAGUGGAAGGAUGAUGAUAUUAGUCAGAAAGAUAUGUAUAAUAUCAUUAGAAUUCACAAUCAGAAUAAUGAGCAGGCUUGGAAGGAGAUUUUGAAGUGGGAAGCCCUUCAUGCUCAUGAGUGUCCUUGUGGCCCAUCAUUGGUCCGAUUUGGAGGCAAAGCCAGAGAGUAUUCACCAAGGGCAAGAAUUCGUUCCUGGAUGGGGUAUGAGUUGCCUUUCGACAGGCAUGACUGGAUCAUCAACCGUUGUGGCACAGAAGUUAGGUAUGUCAUUGAUUACUAUGAUGGUGGUGAGGUCAACAAGGACUACCAGUUCACCAUCCUGGAUGUGCGUCCUGCCUUUGAUUCAUUCUCAGCAGUAUGGGACAGAAUGAAGGUUGCUUGGUGGCGCUGGACUUCGUAACCACUGUUUUGUUUGUUAUGAGAAUACUGAAACUUUUUUUUUCUGAGAAAGAUGUUAAAACUAAAUGCAUUCAUAACGUCACCAUGGGUACUUUUCAAGUGUGUAAUCAAACUUGAUCUUUCAUGCAAAGAUGCUAUGCUCCAUUAAAUUUGAGCCACAUUUUCCAUUGUAGUUGAUAGGUCAUUAAAUUUUUUUUUUCUCAUUUGGUGUAAGAGGAAAGUAGUCGCUUAGUUUUCCCAUUAACUGUGGUAUUUUGUGUUAUUCUCUAUAGACAGUCUGUAAAAAGAGUUCUUAAAAAAGCAUAGAAAGCUGUUUUUGUCCUUAUUGUUUUCUCAGGACUAUUUGAAAAUGUGAUGCUUUUACCUGCCAAAUAUUUUAACUAUAUUCAUUAUAAAAGAAGCACUUACUCUUGUUUUAAAAGUAAGCAAUAUUUCUUAAAUCCCUACAGCCUAAGUAACAACCUUGAAAAAAUGCAAAAAUAUGCACUGAAGGUAUGCACUCUGUAAGACUAAGACAUGCCAAGUUUUUUUUUUUUUUUCGGAUUUGACCUUGAUAGAAGUUUCAACUAGAUGAUACAUGCAAAUUUCAAAAUACUUUACUCCUCAUUUCUGUUCUAAUAUAUAACUAUUAAGGAAAAAGUCAUUGCAUUGUCCCUGAAGGUUGACAAAUUACCUUAUGUUAUCACAUCCCAAAUCCAUUCUCUAACCAGGAGCUUGUUCACAGUAGCCUGAUGUAAACCUGGAAAGCCUGGCUGCAGUCACAGGGCCUGCAAUGUCUCUGUGAAAAAUAAAGUUAUAUUGGAUAAGUGUAAGAAUUCAUAAGAAGUGGGGUUUUUUUGUGGAAUGUUUGCAUCAAUUCACCAUCAGUUUUAUCUUUGUUUUAAGCAAGACUAAGUUUGCUGCUGAAAACUUGUUUUAAUUUUAAUUAUAGCAGCAUGUUAGAAAUAACUUGUUUUCUUAAGUGCUGAUACAAUGAAAAUUUAAUUUAUCCUAAAUACUGUAGUAUUAAAUUAGUGAAUGGUGUUUGUAUCUUUGAGUUACUAAUUUGAUCUAGAUUUCUUUGUUAUAUGAUGCUUAAAAUCCAACAUUUAAAAAUAUCUGUAUUUUUUAAAUAAAGCUGACAGU